UCAAGUGAGAGAGUCCCUCCCCACCCCCCCCCCCACCCCAAGAACAAAGAAACGGCUCAAAGAUGUCGGACAGCGAAGACAGCAACUUCUCGGAGGAUGAGAGCGAGCAUAGCAGCGAGGCGGAGGAGGUAGAGGAGAAUGAGGCAGAGGAGGAACAUGCCAGUGUGGCAGGCAGUGAGAAGGAGGAGGCCGAGGAGGAGGAAGAGGAGGAGGAGGAAGAAUAUGAUGAGGAAGAGGAGGAGGAAGAUGAUGACCGGCCAGCCAAGAAGCCCAGGCAUGGCGGCUUCAUCCUGGAUGAAGCUGACGUGGACGACGAGUACGAGGACGAGGACCAGUGGGAAGAUGGAGCUGAGGACAUCCUGGAGAAAGAAGAGAUCGAAGCCUCCAACAUCGACAAUGUGGUGCUGGAUGAGGAUCGCUCCGGGGCCCGGCGCCUGCAGAACCUCUGGAGGGACCAGCGGGAGGAGGAGCUGGGCGAGUACUACAUGAAGAAGUAUGCCAAGUCCUCAGUGGGAGAGACGGUCUAUGGCGGCUCCGACGAACUAUCAGACGACAUCACGCAGCAGCAGCUGCUGCCCGGUGUGAAGGACCCCAACCUGUGGACUGUGAAGUGCAAGAUCGGUGAAGAGCGCGCCACGGCCAUCGCGCUGAUGAGGAAGUUCAUCGCCUACCAGUUCACAGACACGCCCCUGCAGAUCAAGUCGGUGGUAGCCCCUGAGCACGUCAAAGGCUACAUCUAUGUGGAGGCCUACAAGCAGACCCAUGUCAAGCAAGCCAUCGAAGGCGUGGGCAACCUGCGCAUGGGCUACUGGAACCAGCAGAUGGUGCCCAUCAAGGAGAUGACGGACGUGCUGAAGGUGGUGAAGGAGGUGACCAACCUGAAGCCCAAGUCCUGGGUGCGCCUCAAGAGGGGCAUCUACAAGGAUGACAUUGCACAGGUGGACUACGUGGAGCCUAGCCAGAACCAGAUCUCCUUGAAGAUGAUCCCGCGCAUCGAUUUUGACCGCAUCAAAGCCCGCAUGAGCCUGAAAGACUGGUUUGCCAAGCGGAAGAAGUUCAAGAGGCCCCCACAGCGGCUCUUCGAUGCCGAGAAGAUCCGGUCCUUGGGGGGUGACGUUGCCUCCGAUGGGGACUUCCUCAUCUUUGAAGGCAACCGCUACAGCCGCAAGGGGUUCCUCUUCAAGAGCUUUGCCAUGUCGGCUGUGAUUACGGAAGGUGUGAAGCCCACCUUGUCUGAGCUGGAGAAGUUUGAGGACCAGCCGGAGGGCAUUGACCUCGAGGUGGUGACCGAGAGCACCGGCAAGGAGCGGGAGCACAACUUCCAGCCAGGGGACAACGUGGAGGUGUGCGAGGGUGAGCUGAUCAACCUGCAGGGCAAGAUCCUCAGUGUCGAUGGCAACAAGAUCACCAUCAUGCCCAAGCACGAGGACCUCAAGGACAUGCUGGAGUUCCCGGCCCAGGAGCUGCGCAAGUACUUCAAGAUGGGCGACCACGUGAAGGUGAUCGCUGGGCGCUUCGAGGGCGACACGGGGCUCAUCGUGCGCGUGGAGGAGAACUUCGUUAUCCUCUUCUCGGACCUCACCAUGCACGAGCUCAAGGUGCUGCCACGGGACCUGCAGCUCUGCUCGGAGACAGCCUCGGGCGUGGAUGUGGGCGGGCAGCAUGAGUGGGGGGAGCUGGUGCAGCUGGACCCCCAGACUGUGGGUGUCAUUGUCCGGCUGGAGCGUGAGACCUUCCAGGUGCUGAACAUGUAUGGGAAGGUGGUGACCGUCCGGCACCAGGCAGUGACGCGGAAGAAAGACAACCGCUUUGCCGUGGCCCUGGACUCAGAGCAGAACAACAUCCACGUCAAGGACAUUGUGAAGGUCAUCGAUGGGCCGCAUUCGGGCCGUGAGGGUGAGAUCCGCCACCUCUUCCGUGGCUUUGCCUUCCUGCAUUGCAAGAAGCUGGUGGAGAACGGAGGCAUGUUUGUCUGCAAGACCCGACACCUGGUGCUGGCCGGGGGCUCCAAGCCCCGGGACGUCACUAACUUCACCGUUGGAGGCUUUGCCCCCAUGAGCCCUCGCAUCAGCAGCCCCAUGCACCCCAGCGGGGCAGGUGAGCACCUGGGGGCGACCUGGGAUGUGGGGGGGGGCGCCAGGAGCCGGGGCCGCGGGCGCCGAGACAACGACCUCAUCGGGCAGACGGUCCGGAUCUCCCAGGGGCCCUACAAAGGCUACAUCGGGGUGGUGAAGGAUGCCACCGAGUCCACGGCCCGUGUGGAACUGCAUUCCACCUGCCAGACCAUCUCUGUGGAUCGCCAGCGUCUAACCACAGUGGGCUCGCGCAGACCCGGCGGCAUGACCUCCACCUACGGGCGCACACCCAUGUACGGCGCCCAGACCCCCAUGUAUGGCUCAGGCUCUCGGACACCCAUGUACGGCUCACAGACCCCGAUCCAUGACGGCAGCCGGACCCCACACUACGGCUCCCAGACGCCUCUGCAUGACGGUAGCCGGACGCCUGCCCAGAGUGGGGCCUGGGACCCCAACAACCCCAACACGCCGUCCAGGGCGGACGAGGAGUUUGAGUAUGGCUUUGACGACGAGCCCACGCCUUCGCCGCAGGGCUACGGGGGCACCCCUAACCCCCAGACCCCUGGCUACCCCGACCCCUCGUCGCCGCAGGUCAACCCGCCCUACAACCCACAGACGCCUGGAACGCCAGCCAUGUACAACACGGAUCAAUUCUCCCCCUACGCUGUCCCGUCCCCGCAGGGCUCUUACCAGCCCAGCCCGAGCCCUCAAAGCUACCACCAAGUAGCCCCCAGCCCUGUGGGCUACCAGAACACCCACUCGCCGGCCAGCUACCACCCUACACCAUCACCCAUGGCAUACCAGGCCAGCCCGAGCCCCAGCCCAGUGGGCUAUAGUCCCAUGACACCAGGAGCCCCAUCCCCAGGGGGUUACAACCCGCACACCCCUGGGUCCGGGAUCGAGCAGAGCUCCAGCGACUGGGUCACCACCGACAUCCAGGUCAAAGUGCGAGACACCUACCUGGACAGCCAGGUGGUGGGGCAGACCGGAGUCAUCCGCAGCGUGACGGGUGGCAUGUGCUCCGUGUACCUCAAGGACAGCGAGAAGGUCGUCAGCAUCUCCAGCGAGCACCUGGAGCCCGUCACACCUACCAAGAACAACAAGGUGAAGGUGAUCCUCGGGGAAGACCGGGAAGCCACAGGUGUCCUCUUGAGCAUCGACGGCGAGGACGGCAUCGUGCGCAUGGACCUGGAGGAACAGCUCAAGAUCCUGAACCUGCGGUUUUUGGGCAAGCUGCUGGAGCCGUAGGGCCCAUGGGAGCCUCUGGCAGCCCCCCAAGACUGGCCUGUGCAGCGCGGGGAAGGGGAAGGAGCUCUCCCAGGGAGAGGGGGGUGUUGCUUUUAGUUCUUUUCCACACUCUAUUUUGUUUUGGGGGGUGGGUUUUAGUUGUAGUCUGGCAGGUGCGUGUCUUAGCAAAGCCGGGGCCACAGGGAGGGGAGGGAGGGGGCAAGGGUAGAGGCUGUAGCACAUACCACGCUUCACUGGCUUCUGUUUGGGGAACCCUUUCAUCUGCCCAUGUCCAAAUAAACCUCUCUCUUUCCCCCCCUGCA